AUGGAGGUUAAAGUGCUAUGCGGGGUAGUUAAAGAACUUAGUGGAUGCUGUAAAGAGCUCGUUGAACCACUAACUCUAGAAGAAUUAGCUUACUGUUGCCAUUGCCCUGACGAUAUUGAAAUGAUAUACAAGAUAAUUGCACACAUGGCUGCUAACGAUAGAGCUCUUAUUGCUGAGGGGAGUUGUGGUUCGCCCAGGAACAUUAAGGUUUUCUUGGGGGAGUGCAAUGUUGAUGAGAUAAAACUCUCUCCCUUGGCAUUCUCGGGCGACGUGGAUCCUCCAAACUACACACUACCCGUUGCACCCAACCUGAGGCAUACACCACCCAAUCUGGACUUCAUUGUCCAGCCAUUGAUUGGCACUGCAUCUCCUUUCUGCCUCAUGCCAUCCAAGUGUGCCAGUUGA